CGCCAAAGCCCAAACCCCGCCGAACCCCCCAGCCCUGGGCCGCCGGCGCGUCGCCCCGCGUCUGCGGCUUUCCCAGCGAGUCUCCUACUCCUCCUCUUCCUCCGCCCCCGCCCCCACCGUCCCACCCGCCCAGUCCGGGACGCCCGCCGGGCAGGAAGCGGCCCCUUCCGGCUCGCGAGAGGCCCGCCUCUUUCCUUUCUCUUCCCUCCUUGUCUCCAACAGCCACCCGCCUAUGCUCAGCGGCUCCUGUCCUGGGAGCCUCAGGGGCCUCCAUGGCUUCCCCCACCUCCACCAAUCCAGCACACGCCCACUUCGAGAGCUUCCUACAGGCCCAGCUGUGCCAGGAUGUGCUGAGCAGCUUCCAGGGGCUCUGCGGGGCCCUAGGGAUAGAGCCUGGUGGGGGGCUACCCCAGUAUCACAAGAUCAAGGCCCAGCUCAACUACUGGAGUGCCAAGUCACUGUGGGCCAAGCUGGACAAGCGAGCAGACCAGCCUGAAUACCAGCAGGGCCGGGCCUGCGCCAGCACCAAGUGCCUGGUGGUGGGCGCUGGACCUUGUGGGUUGCGGGCUGCCGUGGAGCUGGCCCUGCUGGGGGCCCGUGUGGUGCUCGUGGAGAAGCGCACCAAGUUCUCUCGCCACAACGUGCUGCACCUCUGGCCCUUCACCAUCCAUGACCUUAGAGCGCUCGGUGCCAAGAAGUUCUAUGGGCGCUUCUGUACAGGCACCCUGGACCACAUCAGCAUCCGACAGCUUCAGCUGCUUUUGUUGAAAGUGGCAUUACUCCUGGGGGUAGAAAUUCAUUGGGGUGUCACUUUCAUUGGCCUCCAGCCCCCUCCCAAAAAGGGUUGUGGCUGGCGUGCCCAGCUCCAGCCCAGCCCCUCACCCCAACUGGCCAACUAUGAAUUUGAUGUCCUCAUCUCUGCUGCUGGAGGUAAAUUCGUCCCUGAAGGCUUCACAGUGCGGGAAAUGCGUGGCAAACUGGCCAUUGGCAUCACGGUCAACUUUGUGAACAGGCGCACAGUGGAAGAGACACAGGUGCCCGAGAUCAGCGGUGUGGCCAGGAUCUACAACCAGAGCUUCUUCCAGAACCUGCUCAAAGCCACAGGCAUUGAUCUGGAGAACAUUGUGUACUACAAGGAUGACACCCACUAUUUUGUGAUGACAGCCAAGAAGCAGUGCCUGCUGCGGCUCGGGGUGCUGCGUCAGGACUGGCAGGACACCGACCGCCUGCUGGGCAAUGCCAAUGUGGUCCCCGAGGCUCUGCAGCGCUUUGCCAGGGCAGCUGCUGACUUCGCCACCAAUGGCAAGCUCGGGAAGCUGGAGUUUGCCAAAGAUGCCCACGGGAGGCCUGAUAUCUCUGCCUUUGACUUCACAAGCAUGAUGCGGGCAGAGAGUUCUGCUCGAGUGCAGGAGAAGCACGGUGCCCGCCUGCUGCUGGGGCUGGUGGGGGACUGCCUGGUGGAGCCCUUCUGGCCCCUGGGCACUGGAGUGGCUCGGGGCUUCUUGGCAGCCUUUGAUGCCGCCUGGAUGGUGAAGCGGUGGGCAGAGGGUGCUGAGCCCCUAGAAGUGUUGGCAGAGCGGGAGAGCUUGUACCAGCUCCUCUCACAGACCUCCCCAGACAACAUGCACCGCAACGUGGCCCAGUAUGGGCUGGACCCUGCCACCCGCUACCCCAACCUGAACCUCCGGGCCGUGACUCCCAAUCAGGUACGAGACCUGUAUGACGUGGUGGCCAAGGAGCCUGUGAGAAAGAAGAGUGACAAGAUAGAUGGAGGAAAGCCAGCCACAGGGUCGGCAGGCACCCAGGAAGAAUUGCUACGCUGGUGCCAGGAGCAGACGGCUGGGUACCCGGGUGUCCAUGUCACCGACCUGUCUACCUCCUGGGCGGACGGGCUGGCUCUGUGUGCCCUGGUGCACCGGCUGCGGCCGGGCCUGCUGGAGCCCUCAGAGCUGCAGGGGGUGGGAGCCCUGGAAGCAACUGCUUGGGCGCUGAGGAUGGCAGAACAUGAGCUGGGCAUCACGCCCGUGCUGUCCGCAAAGGCAGUGGUGACAGGGAGCGACCCGCUGGGCCUCAUCGCUUAUCUCAGCCACUUCCACAGUGCCUUCAAGAGCAUGCCCCACAACCCAGGUGGCCUGGGGGGCUCUGUCAGCCAAGGCUCUCAGGGGACCUCCAGUGCUGUGCUGUUCCUUGGCAAACUGCAUAGGACCCUGCAGCGGACCCGUGCCCAGGAAAACGGGGAGGAUACUGGUGGCAAGAAGCCGCGCCUGGAGGUAGAUGCUAAAACCCCAAGUACUGAGGAGCCACCUGUCCCAGAGGCUGGUGUACCCUUGACACCCCCAUCCCAACACCAAGAGGCUGGUGCUGGGGACCUGUGUGCACUUUGUGGAGAACACCUCUACAUCCUGGAACGUCUCUGUGCUGAUGGCCGUUUCUUUCAUCGGAGCUGCUUCCGCUGUCAUACCUGUGAGGCCACAUUGUGGCCAGGUGGCUAUGAGCAGCACCCGGGAGAUGGACAUUUCUACUGCCUCCAGCACCUGCCCCAGGCAGGCCACAAGGAGGAAGGCAGUGACAAAGGCCCUGAGAGUCAGGACCUCCCCACACCGGAUGAAAACAGCAUGCCAUCAGGGCCCUCAGGGGCUGUCACCCCCCAGGAGAGGACUGCUCCAGCCCCAAGCCCCAGCCAGCCUCCUCGUCAGCGGAUCCGCCUGUCUAGCCCAGAGCGCAAGCAGCUGUCCUCCCUUAAUCUCACUCCUGACCCAGAGCUAGAGCCCCCACCCAAGCCUCCCCGCAGCUGCCUUGCCUUGGCCCGCCAGGCCCUGGAAGGCAGCUUUGUCGGUUGGGGCAUGCCAGUCCGGAGCCCUCAAGUUCCUGUGGCCAUGGAGGAAGAGGAGGAACAGAGCCCGCCCUCCAGUGAGGAGGAAACAGAGGAAGAGGAAGCUGUGGCUUUGGACUCACACACAGAGCAGGCUCUGCAGAUCUUGGCCAAGAACUCAGGCACCAUGGACAAGUACCCAACGUGGCGGCGGACUCUGCUGCGCCGUGCUAGGGAGGAGGAGAUGAAGCGGUUCUGCAAGGCCCAGGCUGUCCAGCGGCGACUAAAUGAAAUUGAGACCGCUCUAAGGGAGCUGGAGGCUGAGGGCAUGAAGCUGGAGCUGGCCUUGAGAAGCCAGAGCAGAUCCCCGGAACAGCAAAAGGCACUGUGGGUAGAACAGCUGCUCCAGCUCGUUCAGAAGAAAAACAGCCUGGUGGCGGAGGAGGCAGAGCUCAUGAUCACGGUGCAGGAGCUGAAACUGGAGGACAAACAGUGGCAGCUGGACCAGGAGCUACGAGGCUACAUGAACCGGGAAGAAACCCUGAAGACCCCUGCAGACCGGCAGGCUGAGGACCAGGUCCUGAGGAAGCUGCUGGAUGUGGUGAACCAGCGAGACGCACUCAUCCGCUUCCAGGAGGAACGCAGGCUCAGUGAGCUGGCCUCGGAGCCGGGGGCCCAGGGCUAGCAGAGGGGGGCUGCCUGCCCUCGUCCCUGCAAGGACGACCACCUCACCCGAGGACUGUGCCACCCUGUUCAUCUGGGCUGCCUGGGAGGGGGGCCUCACUGUUUACAAUAAAAAUGUUCCUGCCACAC